GCCCCCCAAAACCACAAACGUUGUUCUCUCUUCCCCACCGCCAAACCUUCAGCUUAGGGCGACGCCCACCCUUAGCUGGUUCAUUGAUUUUUUUUUUUUUUUCCCCUUCUCCCUCAAAAGCACGUGGUCACCCCCCUCUCCUCCUGAGACCACCAAGCGCCGCCGCCCACCACCACGAAGGCCGAACGCCAACCAUCUGGCCGAUCUGAUUCUUCUCACGUGGUCGCCUCCGCCCACCCAAUGACUUCCACACCAUCUGGUUCGUGGGUUUCCUGGACCGCCGCAAGGAUUUUGGCGAGUAUGGGUUUCUCUUUAAUUUCCUCAGUGAUGAGAUUAAAAAAAAAAAAAAAAAACCUUGGAACAGAGGCUUUUUGAACCAUCUGCGUUCAGUGGAGGUGGUGGGCGGACGUGGCAGGAGGUGGUGUUCAGUGGGUGUCGCCGAAAGAGAGUGGAGCGUUAGAAAAUUUUAGGGAAAAUGGGGGGGAGAUGAAAUGGUUUUGGGUGAGAUGAAAUCUGUGUCUUUUUAGGAGAUGAAAUUUGAGUUUGGGGAACAAAGGGGAUACGCGCGUGCUUUGGCCACGUAGGAAAAAACGGAUAUGCUACGGAAGUUUUGUUGUUCCGUAGCAUUACUCGACGCCCCCACCCCUCUGAGAAACGAAGAAGAAACCCUUCUCGUCUCCGGUACGGUAGCUGGCCGAAUCAAACUCCCAAGAAGAGUCACCAACUGCGGUCCUUGUUGCUAGUGAGUAACUAAAAAACUGGACCCAGUAGAGCUAUAUAACAAGAAGAAUCCGAAACCCUCUCAUAGCACAGCUUGGCAAAAGAAUGAGAAUCGUUGGACUAACUGGUGGAAUUGCUUCGGGAAAGAGCACUGUCUCCAAUCUCUUCAAGUCCCAUGGCAUCCCCAUUGUUGAUGCCGACAUCGUCGCUCGUGAUGUGUUAAAGAGAGGCACUGGUGGCUGGAAAAAGGUUGUUGCAGCAUUUGGAGAGGACAUUUUACAAGCUGAUGGAGAAGUCGAUAGGCCUAGAUUGGGCCAAAUCGUGUUCUCUGAUCCUGCAAAGCGCCAACUUCUUAAUCGGCUAUUGGCUUCGUAUAUAUCCUCUGGUAUCUUCUGGGAAAUUGUGAAGUUAUGGAUGAAAGGGUUUAAGGUUAUUGUUCUUGAUGUCCCUUUGUUGUUCGAGGCCAAGAUGGAGAAAUGGACGAAGCCCAUUAUCGUUGUAUGGGUUGACCCUGAAACACAACUUAGACGACUCAUGGCAAGAGAUAGAACAAGCGAGGAGGAUGCUGGAAACAGGAUAAAUGCUCAGAUGUCUCUGGAUUUAAAAAGGACUAAGGCAGACAUAGUGAUUGACAAUACUGGAUCAUUAGAGGACUUGAAUGAACAGUUUAGGAAGGUAUUAUAUGAGGUCACAAAGCCCCUGACAUGGACUGAGUUUGGGCUUUCCCGGCAGGGAGCAUUGUCGGCCCUUGUCUCCGUCAUUAUUGGUGUUCUUAUAUGCCGAAAAAUCUCCGGCGGUAAUGGUUUUGAGCCAUCAUAGCUAUCCCAAACUCGUACUUAAUUAAGAUUUGCCAGUGUGUUUUAUUUAAACCAAUCUGUGCUUUAGAGGGUUUUUUUUUUUUUUUUUUUCAAUGUAUUGACAAGCAAAAAGUAUCUUGUUCUGUUCUUCGGAAGGAAGACUAUCAAUAAAAGGCCUUCUUCUGUAA